UGCGAGCAUGUUCGAGGUAUUGUGCGCAGUGCUAAUUUUAGCGGUCCAAGCGUCGACGCUGCGUGAUGAUGGCUGCACGAUCACCGAGUUUGAGCAGAUCGAGGACAUUGUCAGCAGUUGCUCCGACAUAUUCGUCGACGAUCUGGUGGUUCCCGGCGGAGAAACGUUGAAUUUGACAUUGAAGCAGGGUGCUAGUGCGACGAUAAGGGGUCAGAUUACAUUCGGGUACACAGAAUGGGGCGGACCUCUUGUACAGAUCUCUGGCAGUGGUAUUACAGUGACAGGCGAAACGGAUAAUGUGUUAGAUGGCCAGGGACAGCUAUACUGGGAUGGUUUGGGAGAGUGGGGAGUGCUGAAACCGAACUUUUUCAACAUCCAAGCUGACGCCAACUCAUUAAUUCAAGGCCUCUACGUGCUCGACUGUCCCUUACACUGCGUUGUGAUCGCGAAUUCCAGUGACGUCACACUUAAGGAUUGGUCGAUAAACAACGCAGCUGGAGAUCGUGAUGUCGCGCCGUUGAACAAAUACAGCCUCAACACGGAUGGCUUCGACAUAUGGAAUUCGACCAACGUCGUAAUUAGAGAUAUGGUCGUAUUCAACCAGGAUGACUGUGUAUCUGUGCGUUCCGGAUCAAAUGUUCUGGUUGACAAUGUUUUCUGCCACGGAAGCAAAGGGAUCAGUAUAUCGGUUGGUUUCAGCAACGAUUCCAUAGAAUCAAACACCUUGGAGAACGUUACGUUUACCAACAGCGUCGUAGUAGGAGGAUGGAAUGCCAUACACAUAAGGACCCAUGCAGAUAGCGGAGAAGGAAUCAUUAAUAAUGUUACGUACGAGAACAUAGUGUUUUCUGGCUUGCAGGAGUACGGGAUCAAUAUCCAGCAAAACUACGUAGACGUUCCCGAAAAUUCCACCUCGAACCCGAGCCCCAGGGACAAUAUUCCGAUAACGAAUCUCAUUUUUAACAAUAUCACGGGAACCGUCGUCCCACAGGCGGUUCCCGUUUACAUCAAUUGCGCAGAUGGCGCCUGCAGCGAUUGGCACUGGCACGGCGUUACAGUGGGUGGAACGGAGGCGAUGAAUAGCUGCAACUACCUUCCCGAAGGUUUUCAAUGCUAAAAAUCGCAUCAAAUGGAUUCUUGCUAGACGAUUUCGUUUGUUAUUCUCUUGCACAUUCAGCUAAUCCUAAUAAUAAUAAUAAAAGGUAUUUAAAAAUUAACCUAUCUGCUAAUUGAAAACAUCCCGGCAAACGGAAGAAAACUCCAUGUUACUUUAAUUAAAUUGCUCAAGGCCUGUGAUUGUCUCCAUCUUCAAAAACUAUGGAUUACCCUAG